AUGGCCACUGAAGGCCAAUCCAUGGCUCAUCCACCAGAACAGGAUUCCGUCCAGUCUAUUUUCUCUGUGCCAGUGCCUCAUUUUCCCCAAGAAAUCAUCACUGAAAUCCUCUCCUGGUUGCCUGUAAAGUCACUGGGACAAUUGCAAUGUGUUUGUAAAUCAUGGUUUUCUCUGAUCUCAAGCUCCAACUUCAUCAAAAACCAUCAAAAAUAUUCAUCUAGACAUCCCAAACAUGCUCUGACUAAACUGGUUUUACAGGCCACUGAAGACAAUCCUGAUAUCCUUUCAACUUUUUCUCUUCACUCUUUGCUCAAUGGCAUCUCCUCUAUUGAAGUUGUUGAGCAGCUUGUGCUUGAUUCUACUAUUAAAGAAGAUCCAUAUGACAUCGUGGGUUCUUGCAAUGGAUUGGUUUGCUUAAGUAGCAUACCUGGAGUUCUGACUCUUUGGAACCCUUGUACAAAAAAAUCGAGAACUUUGCCAUAUGAUUAUCAUGAGGUUGAGAUACUUUACACUGGGACGAAUAUUUCUGACAGGGUUAGGGCUGCAACGGAUCGCAGUUAUUGUGCGACUCAUGCCUUUGGUUAUGAUGACUCUAAUAAUGAUUACAAGGUUGUCAAACUGUAUAGUACUCUUACUUACAGUUUUCCAAAAGUAGAAGAACAAUACGUGUAUGCCUUGGGAGUUUAUAGUUGGAAAUCUGAUUCUUGGAAGUUGAUUGAUGACAUACCAGAUGGCUUUAGUUCCUGGGAUUCUUAUGCUCUUGUGAAUGGCGCUCUUCAUUGGAGAUCAUACGAAGAUGGCUCAAGGAGUACCCCCGUGAUCAUGUCACUGAACUUGGAGGCAGAGAAAUAUGGGAAAAUUGCAGUGCCGGAUAAUCUACGUGGUAAGUUUGAUUGGAAGUUGAGGGUUGUAGAUGGAUAUCUUUGCAUAGUUUGCACCUUCGAUGAUGGUACAAUGGAAAUCUGGAUUAUGAAAGAAUAUAGUGUGUUAGAGUCAUGGACUAAAGUGGCUUCAAUACCAAAUUCUGCGAUAUUAAACAAUUGUGCUUCACCAUUGUUUGUGUCAGCUGAAGGUAAGAUUCUGUUGCGGAUUCUGUCGCAAGAUUUAACUUUGCUGGACACAAGAAACAAAAAAGGAGUGGUUUAUUACUCGGAGACAAUUCAUUGUGCUUUUCUCUUUACUGAAAGCCUAGUUUCGGUCUGAUUCUCAAAAUUAUAAAGCUCACAGAUUUGAUUUCCAAGGUCUUACAGGAGAUGCAAUCAAAUCCUUCUUCUCAAACGACAAAGAAACGCAACCUGGAAGAGAAACUAAACUAGAGGAUUGCAGCUUUUCACUGUUGUUUUUGGAUGGAAUUUGUUGAUAUUUUACCGGCUUGUAACCUACUUAUCUACUUAGUAUUGAAACUCCUCUCUUCUUUGUCACCCCUACACGUUCCUCCCUUCACCCCUUGAAUAGUGUUGAAUCAAAUUCCAAGGUGAACCUCUGUCCCAGCUUCAAAGAAUGUGAAAUAUUCAUUAUUGGC